AUGACUGGUCAACUAACUGAAGACACAUCUGAAUCUCCAAACCUGAACUCUGAUGAACUUGAAUGUAAGAUAUGCUACAACCGUUACAAUCUAAGGCAGAGAAAACCAAAAGUCCUAGGGUGUUGUCACAGGGUGUGUGCCAAAUGCCUUUACAAACUUGUGGACUGUGUGGAGUCCCCACAAUGUGUCAUUGUGUGUCCUUUCUGUAGAUUUGAGACACGCCUGCCAGAGGAUGAGGUAAGCAGUCUUCCCGAUGACAAUAACAUCUUACUCAAUUUGGCAUGUGCUGGAAGAGGGAAGUGUUCCGCGGACAAUCCUACAGAGCUACUGCUAACACCAAAACGUCUGUCAACUCUUGUCACCCCAUCCCACAGUUCCACCAACUGCCUUGUCAUAACUAUCAUGGAGGUACAGAGAGAGAGCUCCCCUGCUCUCAAUGCCACCCCUGUGGUAGAGUUCUACAGGCCUUCUAAUUAUGACCCUGUUUCAAUGCCUCCCAACUGGACAGUGUGGAACUGCACCUCACUGAUCUGCCAAACAUCCGUGCGUGUGUUUGUUUGGUUGCUAGGUUUGCUUUAUUUUAGUUCACUGCCCUUAGGGAUUUAUUUGCUGGUGUCAAAAAAGGUAACUCUUGGAGUUGUUUUUGUCAGCCUAGUCCCUUCCAGCCUGGUUAUCCUGAUGGUGUAUGGCUUUUGUCAAUGUGUAUGCCAUGAAUUUCUAGACUGUAUGUCAACAUCCUAGCUGGAAUAGAACAAGUGAGGAAGAACAGAAACCAAGAUGUCUUUUCCAGUGCUCAAAAUUAGAUUAAUUUAAUUGCACUUUUAAGUGGUAUGUUUUAUGUGAAUGGAUGGAUAUUUUGUAGUAAGUGUCUCUGCUAAUAAUUAUGUUGUCUUCAACAACUGGCUUUACUAAUAUAGCACAAUGCUAGAGUUAGCAACUCCAUACAUAACCAUUUUCAUAUGUCUAAAAGUUGGUUUUAUGUAAGCAGUGACAUUUACAAAGAGACUUAGAUGCCAGCUACAUUCAUGUGUUUGAAGAUUAUGUAGCAUUAUCUCUAAGAAAUGUGAAGUUAACAUUAGGGAAUACGAUGUUAACUCAGGGAAAACAAUGUCUGUUCUUGAUUUGGCAAUUAUGUUCUAUGCUCUAGUUAAACAGAGCUCAAUGGAUCAAGGCCUUAGACUCAAUGUAAAAUCAUCAUGUGCUGUAAAUUGUGAUAAUGGCUUUGUAGACAAUACAGUGCUCUCAGAAUAAUGUGGUUGUACAAAUUUGUUUUAAUAUAGCAUUUUUACUUUUAUUUUUAGAAACAGGAAAGAAUGUUGAAAAAUAUAUUUUUUAAGUAUUGCAUACUCACAGAUUUAAUUACUGAUGACGAGGGGCAUUCUGUUUCAUUAUGUAUUUAUUUAACAAAGUGGAGGUUGUGUAAGAUGCUGUUACGGAAUCACCUUUGUAAUGAAAUUAUGUAACACUUUAACUCAUGGGGGAAUCAAGCAACGCAAUGGAGUAACUUUCCUAAUAAUAAAUAAAUAUUUAAAUGUUAUGUCAGUGA